UUAACCCACACCUGUUAUAUACACAAACAAAUCCUUUAACAUUUAUAUAUUUAUACAUCAUUGCGUUUUUCUUUUUCUUUUUCUUUUUCUUUUUUUUUUUUUUUUUUUUUUUUUUUUUUUUUUUUUUUCCUUUUGGGACAUCCUUCAAUUUCUUAUUAAUUUUCUUUUUAUGUCCGAAGACUCAGAAGCUACAGAACAGAGAACUUCUCUUAGACAGAAAUCAAAUUUUGGCUGAUUGAGUAUGGAAAUGUGUGGCUUGUUGGUGUCCGUAAGCAACCAAGUGGAGUGAAUUUUUGAACAUUUGGAGCUUAGUUUCUCCUGGGGAAAUAUGUACAUUGGUUUUUCAUGCUUACAACUCUUGGACUUGCAUAUUAGUUUUUUGAUUGGCGAAGUUCAAAUAUUCUAGUACAAGCAAAUUCCGGUGGUGGUAGAUGAAUAAGUUGUUACGGGUCAUACUUGUUUUCCUGAUGUUCAGACUUGAUUGGAGAAAGUUUUUUUUUGCUGGUGCUGUAAUUACACUAGUUGUGGUUGUAAUUCAAAUUCAUUCACUUCCUAAUCUGCUGACCGUAUGGAUGCUGUCCCCAGCAGCAACAUUCUCUUCAUAUGAGCCCUUGAAUAGUACCAUGCAUUUGGGUGAAAACCCUUCCUCGGGAAUGGUUCAACAGUUUGAGCCCAUUCUGGUUUCCCUCAGCAUUGCUAAAAAUAAGUCUGCUGAAGUAAAACAAGAUGAUGAAAAGAAUGAUGUGCCAAGGGCUGUAGUUACUCCUCUCGGUCCUCCUCCUCCUAGUAGAACCUUGCCCACUCGCUUGCUGAAAGACAUAAGGUCAUUGAACCCAGAAGAGGCACUUGUUUAUGCUAAAAAAGAGAUCCUGAAUGCCUCAAAUGUCGCUGAUGAUCCAGAUCUCUAUGCCCCUUUGUUCCGGAAUGUUUCAGCCUUUAAAAGGAGCUACGAGUUAAUGGAACUCAUACUCAAAGUUUACAUUUACAAAGAUGGAAGGAGACCUAUUUUCCAUUUCCCCUAUCUCCGUGGAAUUUAUUCGUCAGAAGGAUGGUUCAUGAAGUUCAUGAAGGAAAGUGAGCAGUUUGUGACGACGGACCCAGAAAAGGCUCACUUAUUCUAUUUGCCAUAUAGUGUGCGCCAGAUGAAGAGGGUUCUUUACGUGCCUGAAGCACGUAACAUUAAACCACUAGCAAUCUUCCUCAGGGACUAUGUAAACAUGCUUGCCACAAAGUAUCCUUUCUGGAACCGUACUCAUGGAUCGGAUCAUUUUCUAGUUGCUUGCCAUGAUUGGGGCUCGUACACAGUGACUGAGCAUAAAGAGCUAAGCACAAAUACCAUAAAAGUUCUCUGCAAUGCAGAUGUGUCCGAGAAAAUUUUUGUCGCUGGAAAGGAUGUUUCCCUAGCACAAACCACCAUAAGGCAUCCCAGAAGGCCUCUGCAUGGUCUUGGUGGAAGAAGAGUGUCACAGCGCCCAAUUCUCGCCUUCUUUGCUGGAAAGAUGCAUGGUAGGGUCCGUCCCAAACUUCUCAAGUACUGGCGUGGCAAAGAUAAAGAUAUGUGGAUUUCUGGGCCUCUACCCAGUAAAGUCCCCAGAAAAAUGUCUUAUGCUCAACAAAUGAAAUCAAGUAAAUAUUGCAUUUGCCCAAUGGGUUAUGAAGUAAAUAGCCCCAGGAUUGUGGAGGCUAUAUAUUUUGAAUGUGUCCCAGUGAUUAUAGCUGACAACUUUGUCCCUCCAUUAAAUGAAGUGCUAGAUUGGGACGCAUUGUCUGUGACUGUGGCCGAGCAGGAUAUACCCAAACUGAAGGAGAUUUUAUUGGCUAUCCCUAUGAAACGAUACCUUACCAUGAAAAAUAAUGUGAAGAUGGUGCAGAAGCAUUUCCUUUGGAACCCAAGUCCAAUCAGAUAUGAUUUGUUCCACAUGGUUUUGCAUUCAAUUUGGUAUAGCAGGCUGAGCCAGAUUGAAGUACCACAAUCAUCAUAAACUCUUGGGAUUCUUUUAGGUGGGUUCUAGUACAUGAAGUAUAGCUAAAUUUGAAUGUGGACCUGGUAGAAUUAGUCUAACUCGCAACAGCUCGUGCUUAUUCCAAGACUUGAGUGGCAUACCUCUUGUGAUUAUGGAGGAAUGAAACAACAGCUGUUGAACUGGGUUCUGGUUUGCUGUUCAGAAUCGUAGUACAUUGAGCUGAAAACAGGGUUGAAUAUUUGGUGGGAAAAUUGUGACAUCUAGAACGAGGAAUGGAACAUGCAAAUCAUGCAAUGGAGGUACUGCAUUAUUGGUAGUCUGAACUGCUACUGUUAAUGUUGUUUUGCCACAUGAUUACUUAAUAUAGUCAGCUUCGACCCCACUUGGCUUCAAAAAAUGUGUACUAAUAGAUUCUCUUUGCUUGUGCUGUGACCAACCAAAGGAUCCAUCAGGGUGACAAAGGAGCUGCUGCCACUUUACCGAUUAAGCAUAUCUGAAUAAUUUACCGCGUUUCUGUGAAAUGACAGCAGCAUUUUUGCACUAUGAUGCGUUAUUACCAUAAACUAGAUGAAACUGUAGAAAAGAUACUCCUACGAUGAGAAUUAUAUCUAUCGUUUGCCUUACACAAUGAUUAGACUGAAGCAAAAUAGUAAGAAAGUGACAAGGAAAAAUGCUGUUAGUCCCCAGGAAGAUUAACAUUUCAUGAUUCACCAUUUAUCCCACUCCCCCCCUAUGUUUAGCUUGCGAGAUCUUAGGUUUUAAAUUUUUUUUCUAAUCGCAGGUAGAAUGAGAAGUUCUGUAAUUUUUAUAAUGCCCCCGAGAUGACCGGGCAGUUCAACAAAUCCAAUUGUUUUGUAUUUUAAUAGAGACACAAAUGAAGGUUCAAUGUACCAGAUUUCUUUAUCUUGGCUGUCUCUAGAAGGUGAGUAUAGCCAAGAAUACAGAAUUGGAGUGAUUUCUUCGGAAUCUAUAACAUGAACACUUUGGUGUUCAUUACCAUCGUAUGAUUUUAAUGGCGGUCUUUUCAUAGAGACAAAUCCAGCUGUUUUUUCCUUUAUUUCGUGACUUCGAUGUUGACUUGGUAAUGGAGUCAACUACGUUGCUCUUGUUGUCAAUAAAGUGUGCCAUUUUACACAGACUCUGCUCAGUUCUUAGUGGACUCAAUUAUUAUCUUUGGCCAUGUUAAAUCAAAGUUGUUCUUAGGCAUUUUGUUGUAUAUGGAAGCUUGGUCCAGUACGACCUUGGUUGUAAAUGCUGCUUAGUUUUCGAACUAUAAUUGUGCCAAGAAAUUGAUGUCUAUGUACCAAUACUAAAAGAUUUAGUUGUUUUAGGCCUUUUAUCUUGGUAUUUGGCAAUCCAUGAUUGUUUAACUA